CAUAUCCCCGGCAAGACUGAGACCAAAGACCUGCAAUGGAGUACAAGGUGUUCUGCUUACUCGCCAUCGCCCUGAUCGUGGGCUCCUUCAGCUCAGCCAAUGGGCAGGCAGCUCUCACUCAGGCCCAGUGCUCUGUAGAACCGGUAGCGAGAGUGAACUGCGGACCACCGGGAAUUUCCGCCUCCGAGUGCUUCAACAAGGGCUGCUGCUACGACAACACUCUGCCAAACGCCAUCUGGUGCUUCUACGCUCGGCCAGACGAUGAAUGCCUCUUAUAAAUGGAGCUAAAAGCAAACCAGUCUCUGCCAGUGGAACAAACCAUCCAACGAAAAUAUCAUCAACCCGUAUAGUGGAUGAAAGAUCAGACCCCCCCGAUGUAAAACGAAUACCUUCUGUGUGU